UGCAUCGCCCCUCGCGGUAUCGCCUCCGCCACCGAUGACGACAAUACGGAGGGCCAGGACGAGACGCGCUCUCGGAUAUUCGUUCAGUGCGCGCUUCCCCGCGCCGGCGGUCCGCCGCGAGACAGUCGUCCGUACGUGGUCGGUGCCCAGCGUCGCGGUGGACCAGCGGAUGCCGCAAUCAACGGCGCGUCGGCGGCCGCUCGUGCCCGACAUAUUGCGGGCUCACGAUAAUAGGUAGGGAUAACGAAAUCGCUUUGCGAAAAUUAUCAGGGACUCUUCGUCGCGCGCGGAGAGAUACGAUCUGCCCCGUUUAAAUUGAGCGAUCGCGAUCGCAUGUAAGCACUUGUUGCUGGACCGCAUCACCGACUGGAUUCGAUAUGGUACCUCUAGAUGGAUGGCUGUCAACGUCGGACACGAUGUUUCUCUCCGUACGGAUCUCGUGAGCGUCGCGACGACGACGACAACGACGACUUGCGCAACGCGCGUCGCAUCGACGCGCCGAGAGCGGUCUUGUGCACAAGGCGAGUGAAGCGAAGAUUGUCUUCAAUUGUUGUGUAUGCAAUUUGCUGUUGCUAGGAUAUAAUAAUAAAAGAAAAGAAGAAUUGUGAUAAUCUAUUGUGUCUACGUUUGCAAAUUGUUUGUAAAGUAAAUUCAAUUGCGCUUCACGGAAAGUGACUUUUCGAAUCGGACGAACACCUUCCUUAUGUAGCAAGACGUCGGAAUAUGCGAGAAAGCGCUUUAGCCGUGCUGCUGGCAUGGAUAUUUGUGGCCCAACAGGGGCUGUGCGGCAAGUUGGAGAAGAUCGCUCAACGAUCGAGCAACGUCUUGGACGAUUAUUACGCCUAUCGUCACAUCUCGAUCAUCCAUUUCAAUGUACCCGAGCGCACCGUCGCAGUCGUCUUCAAAUUCAUGGCGAAAGAAAAGAAGACUGGCGGGAUAGGUAGAUGUACACCGCUCGACGUCUCGCUGCAUCUAAAGUCCGCAAGUCUGCCGUUCGUCUGUCCCGAUGGAUCGAAGGUAGCUGCGAAGCUGAUGGAAUCGAAGAAACGUCGGCAACAUUACAGUCUAGAGAUGCUGAGCGACGGUGAGCAGCGUACGAUCAAGAUAGAAGCUCCGUCAGCAGGCGAUUGGUACGCGAUUGCUUUUCGAUCUUGGACCGAUCCCGAGGACGGAAAAAUCAAGCAGCAAGGUCUCAGCGCGUCCUGUGAGACCAUGAUGGACGCCGAGAUGUUUGUAGAGACACCAGCUACGACAUCGUUGGUGGCUGAUCCUGAGAUCGAGCAUAAGGUGCAACUGGACGAGAUUUCCGACACAGCGAUAGUGCAGUAUCUCGUGCCGGACGUCGGUCUCGAGGAACUGAGCCUGUCCCUGAGAUCGUCCUGCGGCGAAGAUUGCAACAUUGCCGUCCACGUCACGGCGGAGGACAAUCUUGCUGAUGGUUUGCUCAACUCCACGGCGACGUCUUUGCUCUUCAAGCCCUAUGCAAACGAUUUUCACUACGUGACCCUUCGUCUACUGUCGGGAAAUGCGUCGAACGUGACGAUGCAACUGCCGAUGAGCCGUCAGGUAGACGUCGGGGUCGAUCAGGUUGUGCUGUCGAGAAACUCCUUCCCCGAUUUUUUCCUCUUCGACUACGAACACCUGCGCGGCAACGACACGAAGCCCCAGCCCUUCAACGUGACCGCCGACGUUCUCUCCGUCCUUAGCUUCGAGAUUGGCCGGGUGUACGAUGUUGGCGGCACGGUCACCCUGGGUUUCAAGCUGGUCGACGUGGAGGAAAAGUACAAGAAGAGCAUCAUUCUUGUGGCCUGUGUUUCCUUAGGAUAUUACUCGAACAUCACAUCUGGUGGUGGCUGCGUCCGUGCGCAGGGUCUCACGACGGCGGACGUGUACGUGAACGCGAGCGAGCCGGCUUACGUGCACGUACCCUUCCCCGAGACGGGCACCUGGUACGUCAGCCUGCGCGUCUUCUGUCCCGAAGAGGAGGAAAAGGCAAUCAGCAACGGCGGUAGCAGUGGUGCGAAUACCAGCACCAGCUCUUGCACCUGCAGCCGCAGCUGCCUUCGGGGCGACGUCGUGUGCGAGACGUGCGACUGCCUGUCGCGUUGCACCGCCGUCCGGGUGGAGAGUAUCGUGUCGUCGUCGCCGUGCGUCGAGGGCCGCUGCGGCGGCCACGGCAAGUGCAUGCACUACAUGAGCGGCGGCUUCAUCUUCUCGGCGUGUUACUGCACCGGCGGCUACCGCGGGUUCGAUUGCGCGGACAACACAUACGUCCUCAGCACCAGCGGCAUACUCGUGCAGCUGCUCGCCCUCACCUUCAGCAACUUCGCCUUUCUCGGUUCGAUCUACGUGGCGGUACGACGCGAGUACUUCACCGAGGCGAUCGCCUACGUCGCGGUCAUGUUUUUCUCCACGUUCUACCACGCCUGCGAGGCCGGCGAGGAGGUCUACAGCGUGUGCAUCAUGCGACUGAGCGUUCUGCAGUUUUGCGACUUCUUCAACGCGCUGCUUGCUAUCUGGGUGACUCUGGUGGCGAUGGCAUCGUUUGGGCCGCGAGUGACCGCUUUCUGUCAGGUGGCUGGCGCAAUUGUGCUCGCGAUGGGCGCCGAGAUGGACCGCACGGCUCUCUGGGUGUUCCUACUGCCGGCAGUCACCGGUUCCGCGUUAAUCGGGCUGUCAUGGGGGCUUAGAUGCAGGAGGAAGCGCACCAUUAGAUAUCCCUCGCGUCCAUAUAGGACCAUCUACUUCCCGGCUGGGGUGCUUCUCGUCGCUCUGGGCCUCGUUUGUUACGCGUUCCUGCAAACUCGCAGGAAUUAUUAUCUCGUUCACAGCCUGUGGCACAUUUGCGUGGCUAUAGGAGUUAUUCUACUGCUGCCGAAGCGCAAGUACAUGAAGUGAUAGUCAAAGAGUCGCGUACACGUCUAAGAAAGAUUCGAGGAGACUGGAGGUAGAGUAUCGAAAGCUAAGAGAUGUGAUAGUAGACAACCAAAGAGACAUCAGGGAAAUUAUUACAAUACAAACGCAUAGAUAUCGCCGACGAACCGAUUUUUAUACGAAAGGAAUCACAAAGCGCCGAUUUUAAAUGGAAUUUAAAAACGAAGAUAUCUUCUAUUAUGAACAUAUUUUAAAAAGUAAUUAUUUAUUUGUAAUUUAUCGAUUUAUCUGGAUAUCGAAAGUUUUAUUAAAGUUAUCUUCAUAUAUUAAAACUAUCUUUAAAAUUAUCUUUUUUUUAUAAGUUUAUUUUUCUUUAUCGUAAAGACACGUGAUUCGCUUCGUAGAAAAGUUAUUCGAUCGGUCACGACACUUGUGCAUAUAUUAUAUAUAUUCAGAGAGAUAUAUUAUUCUUCUAAAAAGCAUUGGUAGUUCAUAGAUACGAGAGUGUUCCGAAUACGUAAUUAACUCGAGAUCUAUCAAUAAUGCACGAUAUUUAGCAAUAAGAUGUGACAUACAAAUUGGAUUCAAUAAGUAUUAAAUCAAGUCGUCCAUAAAAGAAAUUAUUGCUCAUUUUAAUAAGCAUUAAGGAAAAUUGAAGAAAGUUUGACAUCGACAUUAAGAUAUUUUGGUUCUUUAUUUAGCUUUUGAUAGGAUUAAAUCGUUCUUCAUUUAGCUUUUGAUAAAAUUAAAUCUCUAUCGAAUGUAAAUAGCGAUGUUAGGGAAAGUCAUACGCAAAAAUAUCGUAAGAAAAAUGGAUUACCGUAAUUAUUGCUAAAAUUGACGUUGGAUUUUAUAAGGUUAUCAAUUGUUCCAUGAAGUAUUUACAAAUGCACUUUGACAUUCCGCGAAAUCUAUUGAGCGCACGAAUAUAAAACUUUGUUGAUUCAGUCGCGACCUGUUUGUAAGGACCAAUUCUAAAGUACGUAAAAUAUUGGAAACGGGAUAAAGGAAUAUUAUUGUGCGAAUAAUGGCUUUUAUUCACACGACUGUUCUCUGUUAUCCUUAGUUUUUUAUUAAUGAUAGCACUAUUGUAAUAUUAUUAAUUUAUAAUUAUUGCGUGCCUAUAGUAUUGUUUUUCGACGUCGUUUUUGACGAUAGAUGCAUUUACGAGAACACGUCAUAUUUUUGAGAAGUGUAUAUUCCGUACUCCAUCGUCGCCAUCUCUUGUGUGGAAGACUUUGGAUUUUAAUUUUUCUUCCUCCAUUAGAAUGUGAAAUUAAUUUAGUCUUUUUCUACACUGGUGAAGACGAUGCGAGCGUAGAAAUGUAAUUUUAAGGAACAAAGGUUCUUUUUUUCCUAGGACUCGAUACCUCGCACACGAACGUCCUGCUCCGAGACUAAUACGCGAAAGUGAAUGAAAAAGUAAAGAUACACAUCCCUUAUAUUUUAUAACUGACAUAUCUGUAGUACACGUGAAAAUUAUAUUCUUCUACAUAAAGCAUGUAGAAUCUUCUGCAGGACACUGUUUGAGAGACACCGAUUUAAAGGCUGUUAUCUUUUAACUUUUGCACUAAUUUGCAAAUUUUUCUAUUUCUUCUAGAUAUUGCGAAUAAUCCAAAUAUUUUAUCCUUUAACGUUUAGUUAGGAAAAUAAUGCUUAAAACGGAGCCAUUUUUUUUAAGUUGCCUUGCAUCGUGACAAGCCGGAAGAGCGAAACCGCCGUGUCUUUACUUUCCGAUUCAUCCUCGCGCCUGUAUAUGCGUGCUGUAUGUUGUGUCCGGGGAGAGUGCCGCGUAUACAUACAUAUAAGUAAAAAUAUCGUCAUGGGCAGUGCCUGUACUGAUUGUUGACACGUGUUAAGCGCGAUGCGCCGCGAUCGUAUCGCGACUCUAGUCGAUUCUAUUUUCCUCAAUGUGAAAGCAUCAUAUAGACUAUAUAUGUAACAUUUUCUAGCCAAAGACAGAAAGAGAAGAAUGUGUCACGCUGAGCGCACGUGAGGAGAAUUUCACUUUUGUUAAUUUACAAACAUCCACGCAGACAUUCAACACACAUACACAUAUACACAAAUGUAAUUAUUUAAAUGAAAUAAAGAUGAAUUCUAUCAUUGUA